CCACAUAUUUCCUAUCUCUGUCACACUUAACAUCUUGCCCCCUAAUCCCCAUCAAUCUACCUAAUAACAUGGCAUCUGCCACCCUUCCAUCUAUGCUCCUCAUCUUCUUCGUGGCAUUCACCGUUGCCACCGCUCACCAUUCACCUUCCCCUUCCGACAAAACCCGACUUGUUAAGGCAUGCUCUGAAGCCCUUGGCCCAAGUCCAGGCGGUCGCCCUUUGAUCACAUUUUGCGCUCGCGACUUCCUUGCUGGCAAAGCUAGCCUCCUCGCCCACUCUAGGAAGCGGGAAGCCGCGGCCAUCGUUGUAAAUGAAGCUCGCAAGAAAGCCAAAGUCAUUAUUGAUUUCAAGAGCAAAAUAGAUUCUGAUAAAUCUUUGAGCAAGGGAGAGCUCAAAGAUUUGAAGAGCUGCUGGGAAUCAAUGAGCGUUGUCAUUAAAACAAUUGGGGAAGUUUAUGUCAAUGUUGCUGUCAAGAAGCUCUCUGCUGAUGUGUUGGGAGAAAAUAUAGACAACAAUAUUACUAGGGCAAUGGGACAAUGCAAGUUCUCCGCUGCCGAGAGACAGGGUGGUCUUUGGGCCGAGUUCCAUGCAAAGGCGGAUGCAUCUUUUAAUGCCCAAGUAGUGGCAUUGGCAUUUAUGAACGAGUAUCGUUCAAUCUAAAAUUAAUUAAUGAUUAAUGGGGGAUUUGGGUUUGUGACAGAAGUAAUGACAAUGGGAAGCAAGGGGAAAAUGAUUUCCUUCAUCUCUUAAAUAUUGAUUAUUACCAUGCAUGUUUAGUACUGUUAUUACUCUUAAAUUUUACAUUGUGGAGAUAAAUGGAUUACAUUUUUACUCAUAA